GCCGUCCGCCCGGCCCGGCGUUCAACGUGCCUCCUGGCAGUUCGCCGGUGAGCUGCGGCGCGCAGCCGUUGGGGACGGUGUUCGUUGGGGCCGCUGACGGGCGGGGCCAGAGGGCGGGCGAGUUAGGGUGGGCCCGAGGCUGCCUGUAAGCAGAGCUGUCUGGUCUUUUGCUCUUCAUCCUUGGUUAAGGAAAUGACCAACCAGUACAGCAUUCUCUUCAAACAAGAGCAAGCCCAUGAUGAUGCCAUUUGGUCAGUUGCCUGGGGGACAAACAAGAAGGAAAACUCUGAGACGGUGGUCACAGGAUCCCUGGAUGACCUGGUGAAGGUCUGGAAAUGGCGUGAUGAGAGGCUGGACCUACAAUGGAGUCUGGAGGGACAUCAGCUGGGGGUGGUGUCUGUGGACAUCAGCCACACCCUGCCCAUUGCUGCAUCCAGUUCUCUUGAUGCUCAUAUUCGGCUGUGGGACUUGGAAAACGGCAAACAGAUAAAGUCUAUAGAUGCAGGACCUGUGGAUGCUUGGACUUUGGCCUUUUCUCCUGAUUCCCAGUAUCUGGCCACAGGAACUCAUGUGGGGAAAGUGAACAUUUUUGGUGUGGAAAGUGGGAAAAAGGAAUAUUCUUUGGAUACAAGAGGAAAAUUCAUUCUUAGUAUUGCAUAUAGUCCUGAUGGGAAAUACCUGGCCAGUGGAGCCAUAGACGGAAUCAUCAAUAUUUUUGAUAUUGCAACUGGAAAACUUCUGCAUACGCUGGAAGGCCAUGCCAUGCCCAUUCGCUCUUUGACCUUUUCCCCGGACUCUCAGCUCCUCGUCACUGCUUCAGAUGAUGGCUACAUCAAGAUCUAUGAUGUACAACAUGCCAACUUGGCUGGUACACUGAGUGGCCAUGCCUCCUGGGUGCUGAAUGUUGCGUUUUGUCCUGAUGACACUCAUUUUGUUUCCAGUUCAUCUGACAAAAGUGUAAAAGUUUGGGAUGUUGGAACGAGGACUUGUGUUCACACCUUCUUUGAUCACCAGGAUCAGGUCUGGGGAGUAAAAUACAAUGGAAAUGGCUCAAAAAUUGUGUCUGUUGGAGAUGACCAGGAAAUUCACAUCUAUGAUUGUCCAAUUUAAACAUCAAAGUCUUCCAGGGCCAUGCUGCAAAGAGAAUGUACAGAUUGAUCAUGACAUUCCUUACCUUUUUAGGCUUGUUUAAAAGAAUUACAGCAUUUAUUGUAGCAAAGACUUAAAUUUUGUAGAUGUAAUAUAAAUCUUUUCAUGUUUUAUUGGAAAUGCUGUUCAUACUUUAACAUAAAUAAAGUGUUCUUAAUGCAAA